GGCCGGGGCGCCGCGCGGCGGCGGCCGGGACCGUUGGAGCGCGGCGGCGGCUGAGGCGGCCCGGCCGCCCCUGGAGCCCCGGCACCGGCUCAGGUUGUGGUUUAAAUGUCAGAAGAAGGAAGUGAGCCCAGGAAAGUGGAAGUUGCCCUGAGAGACUUCUCAGUGUGAUUCAGAAUGAUUGAGGAGAGUGGCAAGAGGAGGAGGACCAUGGCAGAGAAGAGGCAGCUGUUCAUGGAGAUGAGAGCCCAGAACUUCGACGUGAUCCGGCUCUCCACGUACAGAACCGCCUGCAAGCUGCGCUUCGUGCAGAAGAGGUGCAACCUUCACCUGGUUGAUAUCUGGAACAUGAUUGAAGCCUUCCGAGAUAACGGCCUUAACACGUUGGAUCACAGCGCGGAGCUCAACGUGUCCCGCCUGGAGACCAUCAUCUCCUCCAUCUACUACCAGCUGAACAAGCGCCUGCCCUCCAGCCACCAGAUCAGCGUGGAGCAGAGCAUCAGCCUGCUGCUCAACUUCGUCCUGGCAGCCUAUGACAGUGAGGGCCAUGGGAAGCUGACCGUGUUCUCAGUGAAAGCCAUGCUGGCCACCAUGUGUGGGGGGAAGAUCCUGGACAAGCUCAGAUAUAUUUUCUCUCAGAUCUCAGAUUCCAACGGGCUGCUGGUGUUCCCCAAGUUUGAGCAGUUCCUGCGGGAGGUGCUGAAGCUGCCCACGGCCGUGUUCGAGGGGCCCUCCUUCGGCUACACCGAGCACUCGCUGCGCACCUGCUUCCCACAGCAGAAGAAGGUGAUGCUGAACAUGUUCCUGGACACGCUGAUGGCUGACCCUCCUCCCCAGUGCCUUGUGUGGCUGCCCCUCAUGCACAGACUGGCCCACGUCGAAAAUGUCUUCCACCCCGUGGAGUGCUCGUACUGCCACUGUGAGAGCAUGAUGGGCUUCAGGUACCGCUGCCAGCAGUGCCACAACUACCAGCUGUGCCAGAGCUGCUUCUGGAGGGGCCAUGCCAGCGGCCCCCACAGCAACCAGCACCAGAUGAAGGAGCACUCCUCGUGGAAAUCCCCGGCCAAGAAGCUCACCCACGCCAUCAGCCGCUCCCUGGGCUGCGUGCCCAGCCGGGACCCGCCCCGCCCGCUGUUCCCCGAGCAGCCCGAGCGGCCGCUGGACCUGGCCCACAUCGUCCCCCCCCGGCCCGUGGCUAACAUGAACGAGGCCCUGGUGACCCACGUGUCCUCGGGAGCGCCCACGCCGACCAAAAGGUGCCAGCCCAGCGGCAGCAGCAGCCCCGAGCCGUGCCGGGAGGAGCACGCCCUGAUUGCCACCUUUGUGAGGCACCUGCGCAGCGGGGCACGUGCCCUGGACAGCCCGGGCCGGCUGGACGAGGAGCACCGGCUCAUCGCCCGCUGCCGCUUGGCCGCUGAGGCCGGCAACGCUCCUCGCCCUCCUGCAGACCUGCCCUUCAGCUUCGAUGCCAACAAGCAGCAGAGGCAGCUGAUAGCGGAGCUGGAGAACAAGAACAGGGAGAUCCUGCAGGAGAUCCAGCGGCUGCGAGCCGGAGCACGGGAAAAUUGACACAGCCGAACGUUCUGACAGCAGCAGAACCCCACGCUGCUGGCAGAGCUGCGGUUACUGGGGCAGAGGAAGGAUGAGCUGGAGCAGAGGAUGUCAGCCCUGCAGGAGAGCAGAAGGGAGCUGAUGGUGCAGCUGGAGGGGCUGAUGAAGCUGCUCAAAGAAGAAGAGCAAAAGCAGGCAGCGCAGGCCGCGGGCUCGGCCCAGCCCUCGCCCACCCAUGGCCGCCCACCCGCCGGGCCCGUGCCCCAGCGCUCGGCCUCGGCCGGCUCCACACCCACACACGGAGCCCAGGACGCGCUGCCGGGGCUCGGGGGCGACGUGCAUGAGGCCUUCACACAAGGUACGAGGAGGAACCUCCGCAAUGACCUGCUGGUGGCAGCUGACUCCAUCACCAACACCAUGUCCUCGCUGGUGAAGGAGCUGCACUCGGCAGAGGAAGAAGACGAGGAAGAAACAGAGAAGCUGCAGAAUGGGAAGGACCGAGGUUAGGAGGGACCACGGGCUGGACAGCAGCUCAGGCUCGGAGGUUGCUCCUGCGAUCGAGGGACGUUUCCCCCCUCAGAAGAGGCAGUUCCAGCCCAUCCAUCACCAUCGUGCAACUGUGACCGAUCUCCACCACCUGGAGCCAGCGCCGGGAGCUGUCCCGAGGCCUCUCCUGCCCCUCAGGCCAUUGCAUGCACCCUCGGUGUGUUCCCACCCGGCUCAGCCGCUCAGGCAGGCUUCAAAAACAAAAUAACACCUGAAA